AUGACUCCUACAAAACAUGAAGAUGGCACAUUACCAGAUCUCUGGAAUAAAUAUUUUGGAACAAAAUUUUCAGGAAAUAUUACAACCUGCGUAAAUUGUUCUUUACCAUCUCAAAGUCAGUAUUUCUUAUAUCUAUGCUUAUUCUACGAUCUAUCAAACUGCGGAAUAUAUAUUUCUAGCAGUAAUUACGAUUUUUUCGAAACAGAUUCUACUUUCUAUAACUGCUACAGCCCAGAUACAGGUGGCGGAAUGUACGUUUAUGGAUCCAAUUCUGCGAUUAAUAGGCGAUUUUGCGGAGAUUUGUGUAAAGGUUUGACAGGUUCAAAAGGAGCCCAAUUUCUUUAUUCCCAAGCUGCAUAUAAUAACUCGUUUAUUGAAGGAACUGUUUUCAAUUGUCCUCCAAAUUAUGGCGGCAAUACAAUCAGACUUACAGGAGGCAAUCAAAUAAUUUAUUCAGUAAAUGAUAGUUACAAUCAAGCCAAUUGGGACUCAUGCUUUUAUAUAGAAAGUGGAAUUUCAAUUGUUGUAAACUUUUCGUCAUUUGGUUAUAACAGAAAUUAUGAAGUAAAUGAAAUGAUUGAAUCUCAAAUUCAAAUAACAAUGUUCUAUAACAAUAUCAUCAAUAAUACGAAUUGUGACGAGCUUUUCUUACUUGGUGGUAGUAACUUAGAAUGCUAUCAUUGCUCAUUCAUAAAUAAUGAUUAUACUACAUUUUCAUCAUACUCUUCGAUUUUAGAUAGCUGUUAUAUUGAUACAUAUUUUGACUAUACAACUACAAAUACAAUAGAAACUAGUUUUGUUAAUCCGUUGUCCCAUCUUUCAACUGCCUACUGCCUUGCAGUUAUUCCAAUACCUCAAGACAAUCGAAAACAAGUUGAGAUCACAGAAGAAAUGAAAAUUAAAAAGAAAGACGGUAAAUUAUUAUUGUUUUUAGUUAGUGCAUAUACAGAUGCGAUUUAUUGA